GAGCCACGUUAAAUUGAGCUCAGGACCCAGCAGGAGCGCAGACAAGAGCGUUAGAUCAGCAGUGAGAGCGCAGGAUAUUCCCAGUCGGCUGCACUAUGAGAUCGGGCGCUCAAACUCUGCUGCUGUGGGCGGUUUGUGGCUGCGCGCUUUGCGCAGAGAGGAACGUAUGGAGCAGGUUUGCGCAACUCCCUUUCCCCGAGGAUAACCUGUUCCUCUAUGGCACCUUCCCCCCCAACUUCAUGUGGUCAGUAGGUACCGCCGCGUAUCAGGUGGAGGGAGGUUGGCGGCAGAAUGGCAAAGCCCCUUCUAUCUGGGACACGUUCUGCCACAAGAAGACUGGGCGAGUGGAAGCCACGGGGGACGUGGCCAGUGACAGCUACAACAACCAGCUCAGGGACACUGAAGCCCUAGAAUACCUGGGGGUCACUCACUACAGGUUCUCCAUCUCUUGGUCAAGGCUCUUCCCAAAUGGCACCGAAUCGGGUCCAAACCAAGCUGGACUGUCCUAUUACCUGAAGUUGAUCCUCAGGCUCAAGGAGCUCAAGAUAAAGCCAGUGGUGACCCUGUACCAUUGGGAUUUGCCCCAGAGGCUGCAGGACAUGUAUAGUGGCUGGAUCAAUGACUCCAUGGUGGACAUCUUCAGGGACUAUGCUGAGGCUUGCUUUAGGCUCUUUGGAGAUGAGGUCAAGUAUUGGAUCACUAUCGACAAUCCCUAUGUGGUGGCAUGGCAGGGCUACGCAACUGGCAAUGUGGCUCCUGGCAUCAAAGGGGACAAAGUACUGGGUUAUAAGGCUGGGCACAAUAUUAUAAAGGCUCAUGCUGCAGUUUGGCACCUCUAUGAUGAGAAAUUUCGUCCACAGCAAGGCGGUCAGAUUUCCAUGGCCCUCGCUUCUCACUGGAUAAGCCCUGUCAAUAUGACAAGUCAUGAUAUUGGGGAAUGUCAGAAGUCUCUAGACUUUGUAUUGGGCUGGUUCGCCAACCCCAUCUUCAUAGAUGGAGACUACCCUCAGACUAUGAAAAACAAUCUCUUUUCCCUUCUACCGCAAUUUUCAGACCAGGAGAAGAAGUUCAACAAAGGCACCUCUGACUUCUUUUCUUUCUCCUUUGGGCCUAAUCUCAGUUUCCAAAUGUUAGACCCGGGUAUGAAAUUUCGGCAAGUGGAGUCCACAAGUCUUCGGAAAAUCCUGUACUGGAUAAAUAUGCAGUACAACAAGCCAAGAAUCUUUAUUGUGGAAAAUAGCUGGUUUCUCUCUGGAAAUACUAAAUGGGAGGAUGCAAAGUAUAUGUAUUAUUUGAAGAAGUUCCUCAUGGACACGUUAAAAGCAAUUAAACAUGAUGGAGUAAAUGUUAUUGGAUAUACUGCCUGGUCCCUGAUGGAUGGAUUUGAGUGGCUCAGAGAAUAUACCAUAAGGCGUGGAUUGUUCUAUGUUGAUUUCACAAGCCAUAACAAGAAGCUGAUGCCCAAAUCCUCAGCGCUCUUUUAUCAGCAGCUUAUUAAGUUGAAUGGAUUUCCUCUGCUGCCAGAUAACCAACCAGUGCAAGGAACCUUUCCAUGUGAUUUUGCUUGGGGGACCUCAGCCUACACAAUCCAUAUAGAUACCACUCCCUCCCAAUUCAAUGAUCCUAAUGUGUAUGUAUGGGACAUGAACAAAACAAACGGCCUCACUAAAGUGGAAGGAAUAACAGUCCCAAAGCGAAAAACUCAUUGCGUUGACCUUGCUUCAAUAAGACAGCAAAUCUCUAUGCUCCGUGAGGUACAUAUCACUCAUUUCUACUUUGCACUAAAGUGGGCUGCCAUCCUUCCUCUUGGAAAUCUGAGUCUAAUAAACCACAAGGUCUUACACUACUAUCAGUGCUUUGUGAGUGAGCUGCUCCGGGUGAACAUCACGCCAGUUGUAGCCCUGUGGCAGCCUCUCGCUGAGAACCAAGGUCUACCAAUUGACUUACAUAGAAAUGGAGGGUGGGUGAACUACCAUACUGUCACUGCCUUUGUUGAAUAUGCAAGACUUUGCUUUAAAGAACUUGGAAAUUAUGUGGGUAUGUGGAUAACCAUGAAUGAACCUUCUAUGAGAAAUCUCACCUAUGCUGCCGGCCACAAUCUUCUGAAAGCCCAUGCGCUAGCCUGGCGUCUGUAUGACAGAGACUUCCGAAAAAUGCAGAAAGGGCAAAUAUCCAUAGCUGUCCAAGCGGAUUGGGUGGAACCAGCAUCCCCUUUCUCUAAGAACGAUAAAGAAACCAGCAGCAGGAUUUUAGAAUUCGAAAUUGGCCGGUUGGCUGAUCCCAUUUUUCUUAGUGGAGAUUACCCGAAAGUGAUGCGGGAUUGGCUGGCGCCAAGAAACAAUCUUGAUGUAUUCGAGUUUGACUUGCCUUCAUUCACAGAGGAGGAGAAAAAUUUGAUCCAAGGAACUUUCGAUUUUUUCGCUUUAAGCCAUUACACCACGGAUCUUGUACAGUGGGAGAAAGAAGACGUGUCCAAGUACGAUCACAGACUGGAGGUUCAGUUUAUCACAGACAUCACGUGGAUGCACUCCCCUAAUAAAUGUGCCGUUGUUCCAUGGGGGUUACGGAAAGUUUUGAACUGGGUUAAAUGCAAGUAUGGCGACAUUCCAAUUUAUAUCUUAGUAAAUGGCAUUGAUGAUGCUCACAGUCCCAUGCAGGAUAAGUUAAGAGUCUAUUACUUGGAGAACUACAUUAAUGAGGCUUUGAAAGCAAUCCUUCUUGAUGGUGUCAACCUACAGGGAUAUUUUGCCUAUUCCUUUAAUGACAGAAUGGACCCCAGAUAUGGCCUAUACGCUUACGCUGCCAAUCGCUUUGCUCCAAAGCCCUCCAUGAAACAUUAUCAAGAAAUCAUAGACAAAAAUGGAUUCCCAAACCCUGAGAUGCCAACCGUCACAUGUCCUGUAGAGCUGGCCCCAUGUUCAGACUGUCACUUCUUCCAGACCAGAAAAUAUCUCCUGGCAUUUGUAGCCUUUAUAUUUAUUGUUUUAAUUGUGUCUGUUUUUAUGAUCACAUAUUAUUCAAAAAAAGGUAAAAGGAGAUACAAGUAGUGAUCCUGUUCCAGAUGAGAUGUGACAAAGCAGUUUGCACAAUCACAUGUAACUGUCCCUUUGGCUGAAGGAAGAGGAAGCAAAAUAUUGGUUCAUCCUGUUGGUACCAGAUUCCUUAUGCAACAUGAUAUAAUCUUCCUAUGGCAUCCAUUGGGAUCAACCAGGACCCCUUUUGCACUGCCGAAUACUGUGAACCAUUGUAUAGGAGAGCCCUAUGUUAUUGAGCCCAUAGACUGCUUUGUAUGAAUCUAUUUUUGUUACUUCCUCUUGUAUUGUCUAGAACUAUUAUAUGUAAACGUUUUUGCACUAUUUAAUCAAAGCAUUUCCUUGAAUUGGAUUGGAUAGGAAAUACACAGUAACUGGCAGCCUUCUUUUAAAUGCAGCUGUCACAAAUUGGACAACAUUUUUUAUGGGCAGGUAUUUGGUUGCUAGUUUAUGUCAGACACUUGUAAAGUUGGUGGCCCAACAGUUUAUACUAAAGUCCUUAUUAGUAACUGAAAAUGAAGCAUAGGCCGUGUCUUCUAAAAGGAUGUCCUAUGUACCCAGUACAAAACUGUCAACAAAUUAGAAUUCCAUCACCUGGCGAGAUGACUCUUACUGACUCACCUCCCCUAAUCUGAUUAAACCUAAUACCCAACCUGUUACAGUGCCCAAGACCUAGAGACCUGGCAUCUAACUAUUGCCCACCCUCAGCAACAACACUCUUAGCCAUGCACAGGCCAAUUAAAGCUGCCCACUUGGACCUUCUGUUCCGAAUCUUUAGCCUAUUGGUCUGUAUAUGGGACCCUCCGAAGGGCCUGCCGAACAUUGUCUGAUGUUGGUCGAUAUGGUUCAGUUCUAAGUGGGCAAAUCAGGGAAAGAUCUGCUUGUUUGCCGAUUUAGCCAUUGUAGGCGGCAGUGUAGGCGGCAGUGUAGGCUGGCAGGAGAGGACUGUAUCAAUGACCAAUGUGGUCCUCAUCCCAAAGGGAUUUUCAAACCUUUCUGAUAGAUAUCUGGCCUAUUUUGACUCUGACUCUUAUGGCUUUGUACAUGUAGGCUUGUCACCUUACAGCUACUUAUAGUUAUAGCUUUCUUUCCUAUUUAUAACAUCAAGCAUAAUUUUUACUUCUCCAGGCAGAUAUACAAGCUCAUAUACUAAGGUGACUGCCCAAGACUGUACUUUUCUAUAACUUUCCUUGCAGAUGUUUUGCAGGUCACAAACUUAAAGGAGAACUAAAAAGUGCAUGGCUAGACGUUCUGAAUGUUAUAUACUGAACUUAUUGAACCAGCCUAGAGGGGUCAGCAGCCCUAUGUAAUGAUCUAUGAUUUAACUACAGGAGCUUCCCAUCUUGCAUCUUGUAGGGGUUGUCUUUUGUGUUCUAGUGGGCACUGUACAUGCUUAGUGAGCUCUGGGAAGCUGUUGAGAAGUUAAGAAUAUGGGUCAUAUGAAACAAGAGUGUAAAGGAAGGAUACACUUGUCAUAGGAAUAUAUUUAUAGAUUGGAUAUUGUACAUCAGUCCCCAAGCUAGUGUCACCCCCAACCAGUGGUUUGCAAGCAGAAUGUUGCUCUCCA